GUCGAGCUCCGGCUCGGAGUCAGUGUUUUGUGUACGUUGGUGUUGCGCGGCCCGGCCCGCGCUGCCUCCCGCCGUUCGGCCCGCGUUCGCGACCUUUGACCCGUGCCAUGUGAAUGAGGAUGUCCGGCCAAGGAGUCGUCGAGAGGGCCAGCGCUGAACUCUCCAAGCGGAUCAACGGGCUCAGCCUGCGGAGCAACAAGCACCACUCGCGGAGUGGCGGCGGCGGCAAGUCCAGCGUCAUGGAGAGGGUGACGAACGUCCUCUGCGGGAGCGGGCACUCGCCGCCGGACAAGCCCUCGCGGAUGCGGAGCAAGUCCGCGACGCCCCCCGUCCAGGGGGCGCCGACCCCCCAGUCGGUCCGCAAGCUCAUCAAGGUCCACCAGCAGCUCCAGCAGCAGCAAACGCAAACGCGGGUGCUGCACGCGCCGCACCUGCAGCAGCGGUGCUUCAAGUCGAUCACGGAGCUGUUCCUGGACGACAAGUUCCUGGCGGACCACUUCUUCGUCUACUUCUCCGCGGCCGAUCGGACGGCCCUGGCCCAGGUGUGCAGCAAGUGGCGGGACGUCCUGUACAAGCAGCCGAAGAUGUGGAGCGGACUAGUGCCUGUGAUCCGGUGUCGCGAGCUAAGGACUAGCAGCCCCAGUGAGAGGUCCGUCCUCUACUCGUCGCUCCUCCGACGGGGCUUCCGUGCAAUAACCCUCGUGGGCGCCACCGACGAAGACGCCUUCGACUUCGUCAACUCCUUCCCGUUGGCCACCAAGCACAUCCACUCGCUCAGCCUCCGCUGCUCCUGCAUCACCGAUCGAGGCCUCGAAACUCUAGUCACACAUUUGCAAUCACUUUACGAGUUGGAGCUGGCGGGCUGCAACGAGCUGACGGAAGCGGGGCUUUGGGCCUGUCUGUCUCCUCGGAUAGUUUGCCUGACGCUCACUGAUUGCAUCAACAUAGCAGACGAAGCAAUUGGAGCCGUGGCUCAGCUCCUGCCCUCCCUGUACGAGCUCUCGCUGCAGGCCUAUCACGUCACCGACGCCGCCUUGGGAUUCUUCUCGCCCAAACAGAGCGCCUCCCUUAGUAUACUCCGGCUUCACUCUUGCUGGGAGCUCACUAAUCAUAGCAUCGUUAAUAUAGUACACUCAUUACCAAACCUAACAGUUUUAAGUUUAUCUGGCUGUAGUAAAAUCACGGACGAUGGUGUAGAAUUAAUCGCAGAGAAUUUACAUAAAUUAAGAAGUUUGGACUUGUCGUGGUGUCCAAGGAUCACCGACGCCUCUUUAGAAUACAUUGCUUGUGAUCUCAAUCUUUUAGAGGAACUUACCCUCGACAGAUGUAAACACAUAACAGACAUUGGAAUUGGAUACAUUUCAACGAUGUUGUCUUUGACAGCUCUCUUCCUCCGAUGGUGCUCUCAAAUUCGAGAUUUUGGUGUACAGCAUCUAUGCGGAAUGCGAAACCUACAAGUUUUGUCUCUUGCUGGCUGUCCACUGCUGACAUCUAGCGGUUUGUCAAGCUUAAUACAGCUGCGACAUUUGCAAGAAUUAGAGUUAACCAAUUGUCCUGGAGCGUCGCGGGAACUUUUCGAUUAUCUUAGAGAACACCUGGCGCAUUGCCUCAUUAUUGAGUGAAUGUAUUGAGUGAUGUAUUUUUCUACCUUGUUGAUGUGUUAAAAUAUGUAUAGGGAAAUGAAUUCAAACAAAAAAUAAAUUAUAUAAGUAAGUGAUGCUACAGAAAAAAAAACCCUAAAUUUCUGGAUGAGAGAGAUCUAGGCUGUUGCGACUGUUACAUUCAGGAGUUGUGUCUUUCUGAAUUUUUGCCAUUAAGAAUACCUAUGUAGGUACCUGUCAUCUUGGUCAACAAGAAAAAUACUGCAAACACAGUAAAUGCUGUGAGUUUUUUUUAUGAUCCAACUUUAAAUUGGCACGAUAAAACCAAUCAUUCUGUCGCAUCUACCUCUUAGUUUGCAAAAUUCAUUAGAUAGAAACUACUCUAAGUUUGCUGUUGGAAGAGUUAUUUUGCGCAAAGGCAAAAUUGCAAAACUUACAUUCCCAAAUUGUUCAGAAUCGAAAUAUUUACAUAGUGUAAUGAUGGAAAUUUAACUGAAAUUUAGUGCGUCUAUUACCAUAAUUAAACCUAAAAAACUGCAAAUUGACGGGUUUGUUACGAACUGAGUUUCUCUCCUCCAGAAGUUUUCCUAGAGAGUUAAAAGCAGUUUGUUAUCUCAGAUUGCAUCAAGAAUACCUGUUUAAGAGUAGCAUCAAGAUUUUUGUUUCGUUCCUUUACAGACCUUUUUUCAUGGAAGGUGGUAAAAACAGUUAAAUCGUUGACUGCCGUAAGGGGCAAAUACAAUUUCUUCUUGGCUGUUAACUGUUAGUCACCCAUUUUUUUCUGGUUCUCGUUGUUUUUCUGUCGUGGAUUCAUGGACAGGAGUGUAUACCUGAAGUCUACUGUCUUUGUGAAGAAUAUUAACUUAUUUUACAAAUAAUGUCAAUUCAUUUUGUUACUUUCAGUAAUGUGUUAAAAUAAACAGCAUGAGGCAGUUCUACGUGCGCUUGUACCUCUCAGAAAUAUAGUUAUUUUAAGUGUGAGUGAGAUUCUGUUUGAGGUUUGCCAAAGAUGAGUGAGCCGUUAUCAAGUAACAAGAAUCACUAUGGUAAAAAAUAAUAAUGUGAAAAGUUUGCGACUUCGGAAUUUUGUCAAGGAAUAAAAGAUUCUUCCAACCUCUAAUUUUCAUUUUUCAUGCAUAAAUAAUACAAAGAAUUAUUAUCACCUAGUUCAGAGCAGUGUGUAAGUUUGUCAUGCCAAAAAAUUAUCAACUUUCACGAUCUUAGAAUGGUAUAAAGCAUUGUUCAAUCAUUCAUUUGAGUGAGCUGGGUCUAUUUUUGUCUCCACUCCAUCAGCAGAAGAUGAACUUGUAACCGAGUUUAAUACAAUCUGACGCACCAGUGGCAAUUAUUCAAUUAUUAUCUUCUGAAUAUAAGAAAGCAAGGAGUAGAAGAAUGAAUGAAAAAGGGAUAAACUUUCUUUUGGAAAAUUUUUUCUUGAUACAACAUUAAAAUGACCAAACACACUCUUGAAGUUCUAAAAAACUCAAGAACCUAUUACUGAUUAUAAGAAUGCACAUUCUUUGAUGAAAACUUCUUUGUCUACAUCUAGCUCUUCUACAAUUUAUCUUGUUGCCCGCAUGACGAUAAGUAAUUUCUUUUUUCAAAACUGGUUUUUAAAGUAUAAUUCAAGGGUGACAAUUUUCAAUAAGCAAAUAUUUCACUAGAUGAAGAUUAACUGUGCAUCCACUUUUCAUGUAUUGAACAAAAUUCCUCUGCUACUGAUUCUUCAGUGGGAAGACAUGGAGGAAAAGUUUGAACUGUGUUAUCGUGAGCCAAUUAUUUUUAGUUAGUUGUUUUGUAAAAUGUCUUGACAACAUAGAUUGUGAAUUUCAGUACCUUUCUUUUAUAAAAAAAUAAAGAAAAUCAAGGUUUGAACCAAAAA